CACCAUGACUAAUUCCUCCUCAUCCGACUCCACCAAGUCCUUCUUCCACCCAGCUUUGGCUGUCUCCAACAUAAAAAAUCACAUCUCCAUUACUCUUGAGAUGGAAAACGUCCAAUAUGGGACAUGGGCGAAACUCUUCAAAAUCCACGCCAAGUCCCACAGAGUCCUCCACCAUAUCAUUCCACCGGAGUCCGGGAAAGAAAAGGUGCCCAAAACCGAUGCUGAAAAAGAGUUAUGGUCGACUCUUGAUGCCACGGUUCUUCAAUGGAUUUAUGCUACCAUCUCUACUGACCUAUUGCAUACUAUCCUUGAACCCGACUCCACGGCCAUGGAAGCUUGGAAUAGGCUGCGUGACAUAUUCCAAGACAACAAAAAUUCUCGAGCCGUCACUCUUGAGCAUGAAUUUUCUCACACUAAUAUGGAGGACUUCCCUAAUGCUUCCGCGUAUUGUCAACGACUCAAGAUUCUAUCCGAUCAACUCAAGAACGUCGGUGCUCCAGUCUCCAACAACCGCCUCGUCCUUCAAAUGGUAGCCGGACUCACUGACGCCUAUAAGGGGGUGGGUACACUCAUCCGUCAAAGCAAUCCUCUUCCUCUCUUCUAUCAAGCCCGUUCCAUGCUCAUUCUCGAAGAAACAGGCUUCACCAAACAGCUUGCCACGGGAUCCGCUAAUGCCAUGAUUGCGAGGGAUUACGACGAUAAUCCCUCUUCUGAAAAUAACCACCCAAACCGUCAGAAUAACAGUGGUAAAAGGCAUCAAAACCGCAGCAAUAAUGGUGGAAAGAACCGUGGCAGAGGCGGUGGCAAUAAGAGCGAACAACCGAAACAAAGGGUGGUUUCGGUGGACGCGGCACUGGCAAGAGACCACCACGACCAAGAAGAAUAA